AUGUUCGCACGUCGCGUGCUUCGAGUCCUGCCGCGUCUGCCCGCGAGUCGCUGCGUGGCGUCGGUGUCGGAUACCGCAACGAAGCACUCGAGUGUCAAUGAGAGCAGCUUCUCUCGAUACGCUGGCAUGGCGGUCUUUGGCGCAGUGACGGCAACGACCGCGUACCUGGGCACGUGGCAGGUCGAACGCUACUACUGGAAGAUGGAUCUGAUCAAAGAGCGCAGCAAAGAGCUGUCAGAGUCGGUCAUUGAGCUGCCGAAGAACGCAACAGCGAGCGAUGACACAGAUGAUAUCGAGUACCGCCAGCUUCGUGUUGAAGGUCGCUAUAAGCCUGGCAGCACGAUUUACUUGUAUCCUCGCUCGGCGCCUGCCGAUCCGAACGAUUCGGUGGCAACAGUGAAGUCCGGCGGCUACAUUUAUUCGCUGCUAGAGCGAGAGAAUGGAACACCGGUGAUUGUGAACCGAGGUUGGCUUCCGCGCGAGCUUUUGGAUGCUCACAUGGCGCGCGACAAGAAGGAGGAUGACGUGAACGUGUCGUUCAUCGGCGUGCUUCGUCAUGAGGAAGUGAGGAACCGCUUUACGCCAGACAACGAUCCAGAACAUCGCCACUUUUUCUACGUGGACCAGAGGGAACUGGCGGAUGCCAUGGGCGUCACCUCGACCGACUUGCCUGUGAUGGUCGAUGCGCUAGCGGUCGAGGACGCGAGCAGCGAAGCCACGCUUGACAAGCCCGUGCAAAAGAGCCUCGCGUCGUAUCUGGAGUUCUACAUGACGCCUGAGAAACACAUCGGCUACGCUGCGACCUGGUUUGGUUGCAGUCUUGCUGCAGCAAUCAUGGGCAUGCUGCGCUUCAAAAAAGGCGCCGCACGAGCUCCUCGUGCCAAGUUUGCGUCCCGCUAA